AUGUCGUCGACCGACGUUGUGCUCAAGAACCCGCCAUGCUUCCGCUCAGGGCUCAUGUGGGGCAUCGCCAUGGGCGUCGCCAUCGGAGCGCACCGGUUUCGCAUCACGAAAAGUGCGCGUAAAGCUUGUGACGGGGCCGUCUUUGCGUUCGGACUCGUCGGAAGCGGGAGCUGGUUAUUGUGCACGGCUUCGUACCGCGCACGGGCGCAACAGACGCGCGCGUUUAUGGAGGCAAUGAACGAUCCGAACCGUAAAGUAGAGGCACAAGAGUUCUUGCGCUCACGUGUUCACGCUGCGCCAUCCGACGACGAGGAGCAGCAGCAGUAG